GUUUAUGUUAAUAGAUAUAUAGGGUUAAAUAAGGUAAAUAAACUUAUUUUAAGCUUAUUUAUAAUUUUAACUUUUAAUAGUAGAUUAUCUCUUUCUCUUUAA